CUGCACAUUGAGAGAAAUGACGAGAACGCGCAAUACGGAACCACGGCCUUUAGCCCGAAACAGUAACAAGGACCGGCUACUCUCGCAAACAUCUUUUACUUUGAUUGAAUCGUAUUUUCAAUAAUGUUAAAAAAUAAAUCUCGGUCACUCUCAUUGUCAGCAAAAAAAUACACAAUAAACAUUGGUUAAUGAUAAUUCUGUUAUUAGGAAUAAAUGUGUUGUGUUUUUCCAUGCACUAAAACUAAAACAAGAAAAAUGGCAUGUUCAGGGAGCAAUAAACCAAGUAAACAAGUGAGAGCCAAACUCGAUUCUUUUGUGGUUGCUCUCACCAAAAAAGGAAUAAAACUUUUAGCUCUUGAUUUCGACAAAACCUUUAUUGACAUUCAUUCAGGAGGGAUGUGGGAUGAAGGCGUAGAUGCACUUGCUUCUCACGUUCGGCCUUGUAUGAGAGACUUGUUGGAAACUGCUUCACAUAAAGGUCUUUUUGUUGCCAUUGUGACAUAUCACAGACAAGGAUGGUUGAUUAAAGAAGUUUUACAUAAAGUUCUGCCCAAGAAAACUGCCAAUAAAGUUUAUGUUCAGGCCAAUACAUUAGAAUUUUUGCAGCAACAGCGAACAAGCACCGGCAGUGGGAGCUCACUUGAUUCUGUGCGAGGUUUAUUUCCAGAUCUAAAUGGCAAACAAGCCCAUAUAGCCUCUGUCAUAAAUGAAAUUUAUAAUCAACAUAAUGUAGCAAUUAAAAAGAAUGAAAUUAUUCUGAUGGAUGAUGAUAUUAAUAAUGUGCGCAUUGCAAGUUCGUUUGGACAUUAUGCAUUUGUCGUGCAACAGAAUGUGGACUAUUCAUCUUUCGAAAGCUUUGAAACAAUGUUGUUGCUGUAAAAUUGUUGGAAAAAUUGUUUGAGUGGACAUGUGAACUAUACUUUUUUUGCAUCACAUGAUUAACAUUUAAAAAUUAAUUCACAUGGUGAAUUAAAGGAAAUUUAUUUUUAAAAUAAAAAAGUUAACCUGUUUUCUAAUGGGAUUCUUAUUGUAUUUGAAUUUGCCUCUUCUCUGUUAUUUACUUUUGGAAUAUAUUCUCAAAAGGGAUUUUUUUUCUUCUAAUAUGUACAUUAAAUGAUUAAAUGGCAAAUGUUGUGAUGUAUUACUGUCAGUAUGCAUAUAAAUAAAUUGCAUUUUUUUGUCUUAUAGUUAAAAAAUAUUUGUUAAUAACAAUGUGCACAUUAAAUGUCACACAUUUUAAACCCAUCCCCUCUACCUUGUUUAUGUCUGAUACCAAAUAACAAAAUCCCAAGUUGAUGCUACUGUUAAAUACAAUUAUUAAACUUUUUAUGUAAUUUUUAAUUUGGUAAAUGGCUACAAGCAGGAAAGAGACUAAAACUUACAUUCUGUGAUGUUGUGAAUCUCAAAAUUUUGUUAUCGAACCCAAAUCAAAACAGCCCUAAACAAAUGUAUUUAAGUAAUAAUUUUCUUUUAUAACAGCUAGGUAUAUAAAAAUUUAAUGGCUAAUGGUCUAGCACCUUCACCCCUUCCCCACACCUGUCUUCAGUUAAUAUAAUUAAUGAAUCUCUUUUGAUGAACACCUGUUUGCUGUCUUUACUGUAAAACCACACACUUUUAAAAAUGUAUUAUGAGACUUGGAAUUAAAUGUUUUUGUAAAAAGAUUUUUUAUCCAUCAAAUCGACUGCUUUAGUGAGAAUAUGAUCUUUUAACAUUUCUCCGUUAAUUAAAAUUUUUUUAUCAAUUAUUCUAUGUACAAUUAAGAAAUGGUCACUAUCCAUACGAAGCCUUGCCAAAGUUCACAGAACAUUGGCUUUCAUAUAUAGACAUGUCUAGGUGUUAUGAUUUAUCCGAUAAUUUAUGCAUUAAAAACAAUUUUAUCAAUUUGUAUACUUAUUAUAGACUUGGUAUCUCUUUCCAAAACAAUUUUUAAAAUUUGAUUUUCUUGUUGAAAAAUGUAACAAAGUUUUCGAAUUAUAAACAACAACAAACAGAUGUAUGCUAUUUAUCUUUUUAAAAUUUGUAGAUACAGUCUGUUUUUAUUUCCAUAUUAAAUAUAUUUGUAAAUCUGCACAUCUUGCGCAGCAUUUAAUUACAGUUUGGAGUUUGGCCUAAUUAAUGCAGUAAUUAUACCUAAUUUUUUCAUUGUCGUAAACUAUCUUAUUAAAAAACGAUAACAGUUACAUAGAAGCAUUAAACCUUUAGGUAGUAAUAAAAGAACUAUUUUUUUUUAAUGUUACACUUUUCUAGUCAUGCAUAUUAGUUAAGUUAGACAAUUUUUAAAAGUAAAUUUUCUGAUCAUCCCAUCUCAUUUUCAAGUAAACUGGCAAAAAUGUUAUUAUUCCUUGACUUGAAUUAUAUUUAAAAAAUAAAAUUAACACAUUAAAUAUUUCCAGUUAAAUUUUUGUGUUUCCGAUGUUUUCAAAAUUAAUACAAAUUUAGGGCAUUUAAACUAUUAUAUCCAAAGCCUAAAAUUCUUUUGGUGGUAUUCUAUGCAGUAUAUGUGAUGUUAAAAUGUCUUAAAUUGAUAAUAAAUGAUAGUUUUAUAUGGCAGGUGUCAUUUCAUCCAUGAAUCUAAAACUAUUUGAAACUUGAUUAACUAAAUUUAAUUCAGUUGGUUCUUUUGAAAUUGUUACCCCCCUUUCCAUUGUUGCUCUUACAAGAAUUGGUUGCCAUAACUCUAAUGUGUGAUACAGUAGCUGGUUGCAAAGUUUUGGACUAUUGUCAAACUAAAUUGUUGCAUAAUUAUAAGUCGAAAAUGUUUUGUGUCAAUGCUUUGACUGAGGUGUCACUAAAAUCCAUGGAAUAUAAUUAUUGUUUUUUGUUUUAAAUAUGUUUCUUGAGUGCAUUCUGGAUUUUUUAAAAUGUUUGCAAUCUGUUACUUUAUGCAUUUUUGUUUCAUGUUUCUUUAAGCUUAGUUUCUAUUUUUAAGCUACCUGUCUGAUUUAAAAAAAAAAAUUGGUCUGAUGCACCCUAUUUUCUCAAAGAAUUUUUUUUUUUUUUCAGCUUAUCAUGAUAUAUUUUCAAUCUUUAUGAGUUUGUCUUUCACUUUAGUUGACUAACAUUGAAAGGUUGUUUGGUUGUUUAAGAAUUGUAAUAGAAUUGUAAUAGAUGAUCUUAUUGGCUAUGAACAGCUGGUGUGAUCUGAUUGGUGGUUUCAGAAUGGGUAAAUUGUAUUGUUCUUGGAAUAAUUUUUUUAAAAAAUUGUACAAAAACAUUUAAAAUUUUACUAUUGAACUGCAGUCUUAAAUUUAAAACAUCCCUUCUUUUGAAUUACCUUAUUUGAAACACAUAGUUCAAGAAGCUUCUGGUUUACAAUAGUAGAUCAUAGUUUUGUUAUUGUCAUCAUAUGAUUACUUGUCAUUGUUGUGUUGUGUGAUGAAUUCUGUGCCUCAAGUUGCUAUAUGUUUUGCUUUGUUAACAAUGCAGGAAGUGUAGCUUUACACAGCUAACAGUGUAUCAGUAUCUCAUUAAACCUUGUAGCAAUGACUAGAAUAGAUUCAUAGUUUUUAUAGAUCUCUUACAUUUUUUUCUA